GGCGACACGAGUGGAGAGAGAAGUUAAGAAGAAAAGUAUAAUGGAGUCACGAAGUCCAAACAGAGACACGGAGUGACAGCUCAGCUUAUUCCAAUUUAGGGUCACUGGGAGAGUUGGAGCCCUUUUCCAGUGGUCAUCGGGUGAGGCGCGGGGUACACCCUGGACAGGAUGCCAGUCUGUCACAGGACCACCAUAUAGACAAACAUGUACCCAACCUGCAUGUCUUUGGACGUGGGAGGAAGCUGGAGCACCCAGAUGGAACCCGGGGAGAACAUGCCAACUCCACACAGAAAGGACCAAGUCAAAAGCAAACCCAGGACCUACUCGCUGUGAGACAACAGUGCUAAUCCACGCUGACAGUUGAUUGUGGUUGACGAUGGACCCCAACAACGAGACCAAAAGGAUGACCCCUGACCUCCCAGGCAACCAUUCCCACAAUGAAACGCCAACAAAUAGUUCCCUGAAACUAGUCCCACCCAAAGGCACAGGCUCCAGCUGGCUGGUGGUUGUAGCGGCUAUAGUGGCGUCACUGAGUGGCCUCAUGUUGGGCUAUGAAAUGGGCCUGAUCUCUGGAGUGCUGCUGCAACUACGGGGCCUCCUCUCGCUCUCCUGCAGGGAACAAGAACUGCUGGUCAGCUCACAGCUGCUCGGUGCCCUCUUCAUCUGCUUGACCGGAGGCCCGAUUCUGGAUCGCUAUGGCCGCCGCUGCACUUUGUUCCUGAGUGCUGCCCUCGUGAUCGGGGGGACUAUCGUGCUCACUGCCAUCACCUCACUUGUUGCACUAGCAAUAGGCCGUGUCAUCGUUGGCAUGGGAACAGCACUGUCGGGGACAGGAGCGUGCUUGUACAUAGCAGAGAUCUCACCGAGGGAGCGGAGGGGUUUGCUGGUGACGCUGUACGAACUCAUGGUGGUUGUUGGUGUCCUGCUGGGGUUCAGCUGUAGUUACGCCUUUGCCGCUGUGCCUCACGGCUGGGUGUACACAUUUGGACUUGUGAUUCCUCCUGCACUGUUGCAGAUAGGUGCACUCAUAUUCCUCCCACCCAGUCCACGCUUCCUGGUUGCACAAGGUAAAGUGGAGAAGGCCAGGAAAAUUCUGGACAGACUAAGGGGAGGAAUUAUAGAAGACGUGGAAGUGGAACUCAAAAACAUUCAGGCAGGACUUAAAGAGGAAUCGGAGCACAGUUUCUGGGAGCUGUUUAGUACCAAAGCUAACCUGAGUGAACGGUUGCUAACAGGCGUGGCCUUGGCCUUCCUUGUGCAGGCUACUGGGCAGCCCAACAUCCUAUCCUAUGCUUCCCCACUUCUUCGCAGUGUUGGACUCAACAGUGAUGCAGCAGCAACCUUGGCCUCCACAGGGUUCGGAGUGGUCAAGGUAGUGGGAACCAUCCCGGCUGUGUUGCUGGUCGACCGUGUGGGACCAAAGACCUUCCUGUGCGUGGGUGCUGUCGCAAUGGCACUGUCCCUAACAGCACUUGGAGCAGUGACUUUGCAAAGUCACACUCACCUCACCAGCCUGUGUAAGAGCCAGUAUAGACUGAACAAUACCCACAUGGCUUGGGAAUCAAACAGGACAAUGAAAGAAUUGAACAACAGUCACAUUUUCUCAACUCAGUUUCCAACCAAGUGGACCAGCGAGGAUGUACAACUUGUGACCAAAGAUAAUGACACAGAGGCUACUGGGAGGACAGCCACAGAGGCCUCUUUGCUCAAGUGGGCGUCAUUGAUCAGCUUGCUGGUGUACGUGCUAGCCUUCUCGUUUAGUCUCGGGCCCAUGAUGUACGUGGUUCUCAGUGAGAUUUUUCCAAUGAGCGUCAGAGGCCGGGCGUUUUCUGUAGUGUCAGCCGUCAACUGGGCCACAAAUCUGCUUAUUUCAGUGACUUUCCUGACGAUUACAGAAAAGAUUGGUGUUCCCAGUGUGAUGUUCCUAUAUGCUGCCAUGAGCUUCAUUCUGUUGGUGUUUGUGAUACUCUGCAUUCCUGAGACCAAAGGAUGUACGUUGGAGGAGAUAUCAAAAGAACUGGCCAAGAAGAAGCACUUUGAGUUGAAGUUAUGGAAACGGGUUCAACCUCAGGAGAGCCUGAUGAGCCACGAGCCCACAGAAAACGCUAGAAAAACCCUGACAGGCCGCUGCACUAAACCCUGAGCGGAGAAGAAUUCUUCAUGUCAAAUGCAACAGCAUCAGGAAGGUGUUUUUCGAACACGGGGCACCACUCACCUCUCAACCUGCACCUCUACAGUUUGAGCAGACUGCUGUAAUAACGUCUCUCGCGCGACUUCCUUUGUGCUAAACAUGAAGGAAUAAAACGGCAGGGAUGAUGGAGACACCGAAAAGAAGAAAAAAAAAUUGGUGGUGGAAGCUGGUGAAGAAUAACAGUGGGUAAUAUAGUAUGGUAUUUAGAAUUAUUACACAAAUGUAAGAUUUUGUAGUAAUACAAUGCACUUUGUCAUACAAGCUUCAUGAAACAAGGAAAAAUGAAUGAAAAAAUAUUUUUCAUACAGCAGUUUGUCAAUCAGAGAUUCAAAUGGACCAAACACAUCCAGUAUGUGCAAAAUAUUUGGAACAAGACUUCUGAUGAUAAAAUGGUUAAAGUAAGAACAGGCAUAAUUGUCAUU